AUGAAGAGGAUCUUUGGGUUCGGGAGGAAAAAGAAGGGGCAGCCCCCGUCCAGCAGCGCCUCCGUGCCUUGCGCCGCCGGUGCCUACGAGCUCCGGCAGAAGGACUUGGGCAAGCUGCACCGUGCGGCCCUCAGCCUUCGGCUGGUUGUGGGAGUCAGGCUUGUGCUGCCAGAAACCCCUGAAUUCGGCCUGGCAUCCAGCCGCCGUACCCUUUUUGCCCCGGCCUCCUCGGUGCCCUCAUUCCCGGUGUCGCGGUUCUUUGCCUGGGGGCGCAGGGGUGGAAGGGAGCUGGCAGCAGCCUGGCAAAGGACACCUCUGCAUCUUGCUUGUGCGAACGGCCAUGUGGAUGUUGUCACAUAUCUAAUAGAAAACAAGUGUAAGCUGAAUCUUUUUGACAGUGAUAACAGGUCACCACUGAUGAAGGCAGUACAGUGCCAGCGAGAAGAAUGUGUGGCUAUUCUGCUAGAGCAUGGUGCCGACCCAAACCUGGCAGAUGUUGACGGCAACACUGCCCUGCACCUGGCGGUCCUAUCUCCUAAUACAGCUGUCGCGGGGCUGUUACUUGAGCAUAAUGCCAAUAUUGAUGCCCAGAAUAAGGAGGGGUGCACUCCGCUUGUUGUUGCUGUCAUGGAGCAUCAGGAAGAGAUAGUAGAGUUUCUCCUUAAAAGAGGAGCUGAUGUGCAUGCUCGAGAUCAGUGUGAAAGAACUCCACUUAUGACUGCUGCUUCUGGUGGGGAGCUUAAUUUGAUAAAAGUUCUUCUUCGGUAUGGUGCUGAUGUGUCCCAUAAAGACACUAAUGGAUGGACAGCUGAAGAUUACGCUGUUAUUCAUGGAUAUUCUAGUCUUAGUAAACAACUGGCAGAAUACGCAGACUGGGAAAACACAGGAGAAGCUUCAGCAGGUAGCGCGCAAGGCAUCACGACACUUAGCACUCCUCACCGGGCAGGAGCUGCUGGCUUUACGUUGGGUGCACCUGCUGUGGACAGAGGAGGAAUGCAACAAUCUCCUAACCAGACAUCAAGAACAGGAAAAUCAAGGAAAGCAAUAGAUGACUUUUCCCAAGGAGAUUCAAUAAGAAGCUCUGAGAAAGAGGGGAGUGAUGACAGUUGGCAUACUUCUGAGGAAGAAGAGCUCGAUUUUACUCCCAAGAAGCUGCAGAAGCCAAACUUGACACUGUUAAUGAACGCUUCCCAGCAGUUCAGGAAAAACAAUGAUGGUGAUGGUUCUAGAAUUGAAAGUCCUAAGUCAUCAAAGAAAAGCCUCAAACAAAGAGCCCCAUCAGAUGCGCACCUGAACAAAGGAGAAUGUGGAAAAUUGUCGAAUCGAGAUGUUUCAGAUGCAAGCAACCUGGAGGAAGAAGAAUUGGAGGAAGAGGAGGAGGAGGAAGAAGAUGAUGAUGAAAAUGACAGUGGAGAUGAUGAUGUAGAUUAUGAGGAGGAGGAAGAAGAGGAGGAUGAAGAUCUUAGUCCAGAUGAAAAGGAGGAGGAAGAUCUGGAAGAUGAAGAAACUCAGUCUAAUGGCAUACUGGAGGAUGAGCAGGGAGAUAAAACAGAACCUAAAGGAGAAAUUAAUCAGAAAUUGGAGCGUUUUAGUAACGCCAAGUAUGAAGGGGAAGCUCAGUGUGGAACUGGAUAUGUCUGUGCUGCUGAUGAUAAAGUAAGUAAAGCACUUGAUGAAAAGGUGGAGGAAUCUGUUGAUACUCCUGUCUCUUUUAUAGCUGGGUGUUAUGAAGGGUUGCAAGAAAAUGUAACUGCCAUGUCUCCAAAGAUAAUGAAUAAUGAAGUGUCUUGCAAGUCGAUACCAAAACAAGCUGUCUUUCAAAAUCUAAAUAAUUUGCAAGAUAUACAGGAAAACUGGAACAGGAAAAGCAUGAUUCAGGAUAAGUUUCAUAAAAAUGCAGACUCCUGUUUUGCAGACUCUGAAAUGACAGACUGGAAAAGAGAAAUACCUCAGCCUCUCUCAGAUAGUUGUGAUCUUAAAGAGAGAAAGUCAAGCUUCGGUGAUAGCUUUGAAAGUGGUAAUAAUUCUUGGUCAGCAGCAAAAAACCUUAGACUUGAAAGUCAAAGACUGAACUCUGUCAUUCUUGAACGUGUGGGUGAUGAAGAUACUGAAGAGGAGGAAUAUAAAGAAGUAGAUGAUAAAGUCUGUGAAGCACUGAAACAAGAAAGUGAAAAGUUGCACUUAAAUAGGUGUGAAGAAAAUUUAAGAGCAGCGUUUCGCUCCAGCAGCAGAGAAGAAUCACCUGAACAGGAAGAAGAGGAGGAGGAGCAGGAGAAGGACAACACUGGUGAAGAGCUACAAACUGCAGUUGUUGAGGGUGUGAAAAAUUCUAUUUGUACUGAUAGCCAUCAAGUCCAUGAUGCUUCAAAAGACAACACUGGUGAGAGAAGUGCCCUGCCGGCAGUGGGAGCAGAGGAAGAGGAAGAUGCUGAAUCUCCCUGGGAUUCUGAGACGGAUUCUGAAAGUCUGAGAAAAGUGUCAUCUGGUGUGUUGCUCCCAGCUGCAGACAGACAUGGAGUAUGCUCACAGAUUGUGUCGGGGGAACACGACAAUGGCUUUUUGGAGAAACCCAACAAUUCCCAGCUGAAGACUCCCGAAUCUAUUUUGGAAAUGAACAAAACCUCCCCAAAAAAAAGACAACAGAAAUCAGAUCUAUUGGAGGAAUUUGGUUUAGAGGAUGCCGAGGAUAUUGAAGGUGAGUACUCAGGAUCUCCCUUUCAUACAUCAUCAUCACCUGAAAAGGAGGACAUCAAGGACACUAUUGAAGACUAUGGGGUGCAGGAUAAAUAUAUUUUAGAAACUACCAACUUGAUAGAAAAAACAGCACAUGAAAAUCAAACUGACAAAGCAGAAAUUUCGCAUCAGGAAGCCCUAACAGAAAAUGAGGAAUCGCACAGUGUUGGCAAGCAGUUACCAAAACCUUGGGAAGAAAGAUAUGAAAGAAUGUGGGUUGAAAACGAGAAAAGGGAAUUGAAAACAAAUUUUAAAAACAUUACAGCAGAGCUGAAGCAGCUGUUUGGUGAAAUUAAUGAAACUGGGAAGACUACUUCCCUUGUGGAAGAAAGGUCAGAAGAUGGCUUCAGUGAAGAAUUGAAGAGUUCUCAUGUUGUGUCAUCUCAUGCAACAAAAUCAAGUAGUAAGCUAGAAAGUAAACAUGAAUUUGGAGAUACUAAACCUAUGCUAGGUGGAAAAGUACCUAAAAUGGAAAUUGUAAUUCCAAGUCUUGGUGUCCUUCCUGAUCAAAAUAACUUAAAUGCAAACAUGAAACAUACCCGGAGUAUAGAGGAAGAAGAUAGCACAAACAAUAUGGAUAAUACAAAGGGGCCUCUAGUAAAAGGAGAGGAAAAGAAAAUGCCUGCUAUGGAGAUGGAAGAGAAGGAGAAUGGAAGUAAUAGAAACGUAGAGGAAAAUCCUGAAUAUGCUCUGAGACAUAGCUUAAAAACAAGUAUUUUGGAUGAUGUUUCUAAUAUUCUUCCUAAAAUGGAACCUGUUUCUUCUACAAGUGAUGAAAAUGCACUUUUUGUAACAGAAAGCAAACGUGGAAAAGACUCUGGAUUUAAGGACUACCUUAUCGACAGUACUAAAAUAGGAGAAACAGAAAUUGAAAGUCUUUUUGCAAAUGCUCAGCAACCGUGUGACAUGCUGAAAGGAAAUCUUGAUGAAGAACUAAAACAAGAUAUGGAAAGAUUUAAGAGUAAGGUAGGAAUGCUGCAAAUAGUAUUCCUGGCUUUGGAGAAAGAGAAGGUACAGCUGCAAAAAGAGGUUGAGAAGGAAAAAAGCAAACAAAGAUGCUUCAGAACACAAGCAGCAGUGGCAAACCAGGAAGAUCUUGAUAAAUUAAACACCCCGCCAGGCAACAUUACUAAUCAGCAAAUGAAACACAAGCUUACUCUAAGGAAGAAUGACUGUUUGGAAGUGGAGAAUGAAAACACCAUAGAAGAAAAAGAGAAAGAUAAUUUUUCAUCUGAGGAGAGAUCUAAAGUCAUUAAAAUGCCAAUGAAAGGUAAAUUUGCCCUGAAUGCCAAAGUUGCAAAAAAAAAUAAAAGACAGACUUCAAAGCAGAAGGCUAAUCAGCAGAUGAGCUCCUCCAGUGGGAAUCAUUUUCAAGUACUGGAUGAUAGCACUUUCAGUGAAACAUCUCAAGAUGAAGGAAGACCUGCAGCAAAAACAGGGAGUGACAAGAACAAGGUCAGCAUACAAGUGGAUGUAACUGAUGAUCUUGACUUAACUCACUCGUCUGACACAACUUCAGAGGAUGUUGAAUUACCAACUUCAACCUACAAAGAGGCCAUGUUGCUGUUAGAACAGCUUAGUGUGGAUCAUACAGGUUCUGCUAUUUUGUUGAAAAUUCAAAACAUACUUCUUGAAUAUGAACAGAUAAUAGAACGUGAAAAAAAUCGGUAUACAGCUGUCUGGAGAGAAGUAAGGAAAUUGGAAAGUGAAAAGGAGGAGUCACAAUUAAUAGCGGAAGAAACUCAAGAUUUGAAAUCCAUAUUGGCUCACCAAGAAGUGGAAUGGAAAAGCGAUAUCCAAAGCCUUAAAUUUACUCUGAAACAAGAAGAGGAAAAGAGGCUCAGAGUAGAAACACUAUAUGAGAAAACAAAGGAAAAACUCAGAAGGAAAGAAGAUCAAUAUUGUAAAGAGAUGGAGGAGAAACAGCAACUUGAGUUACACUCCAGGAAUUUAGAAAUGGAGUUAAUAACACUGAGAAAGCUCUUGAAACAGGUUGAAGAAGAGCGCGAUGAAACACAGAGACAGCUCUCUCAGGAAAAGAGUGCCAGAGCCCUGCAAGAAGGGAUUUUGAACAACCACCUUUGGAGACAAAAGGAACUAGAAGAAGAGACAAGAAGAACGAUAGGAAAAAAUUCAGAGGAAUCUGACUCUGAGAGAGAAAAAGAUCUGUUGUACAAAAAUCAGUUACUGCAAGAUGAGAUUGCUAUGCUAAGACUGGAACUUGACCAAGUAAGACUUAGGCACCAGGAGGAAGAAGGAAAAUAUUUAGAGGAAAACGAGACCUUGAAAGAAAAAAAUGAAGAUCUCAAAAAGGAACUUAAACUGAACGAGGAAGCCUUAACACAAACAGUUUUUCAGUACAAUGGACAGCUGAACUUAUUAAAGACCGAAUCUGCUGUGCUAACUUCCAAACUUGAGCAGACAAAAGAAAGCAAAGACAGACUAGAGACAGAAAUCGAAUCAUUUCGUUCCCGCCUGAACACUACUGUUCAAGAACUUGAACGUCAUCAGUCAUCAAAAAGCGAUGUUGAACGAACGUUUCAGAGAGAACGCGAUGAAUGGCUUCGCUUGCAAGACAAGCUCCAUCAUGACCUCUCUGAUGUGCGAGAAACCAACAACAGCUUGUCUCAGCAGCUGAGUAAAGCUGAAAGCAAAGCUAAUAGUCUAGAAAAUGAGCUUCACCAGUUGAAACAAACACUCAGAGAAAAAGCGUUGCUUUUAGAAAUGACACAAAAAGACUUAAGUCAAGCCCAGUGUCAGGCAAAGGAAUGCGAUCAUGCUCGACAACUUGAGAAAGAUCAAGUAAGCAAGCUUCUAAUAAAGCAGGAAUCCAUGCAGGAGCGAUUGGCCCAGCUCCAGAGUGAAAACCUUUUACUCCGUCAGCAACUGGAAGAUAUGCAGAACAAGGGGAUCAUCAAAGAAAAAGUAGUGAAUGAUGUGCAGGACCGGUUUAAUGAUAUUUUCAACAAGCUCAGAGCUGAUACUGAAAAGCAAGUUUACCUAGUGGAAGAGAGAAACAAGGAAUUAAAUGCUAAGUGUACUGAUUUGAGAGAACAAGUCUUUAAAUAUGAGACUGACAAAGUAGAAAGAGAGGUCAUAGUCAGACAGCUGCAGCAGGAGCUUGCUGAUGCCCUUAAAAAGCAAUCUAUGUCAGAAGCUUCACUUGAAGUUACGACGCGCUACCGCAGUGACCUGGAGGAAGACAAGCUGCGCUUGCAAAAGGAAUUGGAAAAGGUUAAAACCAAGGUAUGUGAUAUCUGUAACCAUAUGAUUAGAUCUGAGGGUGGCUGUUCAAACUAG